AUGUAUCUGUCGCACCUGUGCACGUCAUCUGCAUCAUGGGGCGUGCGAACUGUGCAGUAUACUCCAGGUCGUUCGCGCGAAUGGCUGUGUGAAAUGGCACAAUCGACGACAACGCCGCGAUCUUCGGUGACUCUGAGCCUAGAGGGCCAGCAGAGUAACAAGGCUCUCCCUCCCUCCACGCAGAUACCCGGCGAUAAUAUGGGGAGAACCAAAGAAGAGCCAUCCAAUGGUACCAAUGAUUGCGUUACUUGGAAUGGUCCAAAAGAUCCCGAAAACCCAUUCAACUGGGCAUUGUUGAAGAAAUGGAGAGUCACAAUUCUCGCCUGCUUCAUGACCUUUGUCGUGCAAAUCAACGGGACAAUGAUGACUUCCGCAGCUGAGCAAAUCAACCACAGCUUUCAUGUGAGCGACCAGGACUUUCCACAUUCCUACUGGCCAGUGUUGAGCUGGAAUUUGGGCGGUGCAGCUGCACCUCUACUGGGUCUACCGUUGAUGGAGAACUUUGGAGUACGGUGGAGUUAUAUGGUGAUCUAUGCAGUACUAAUCUUGUUCAUUAUUCCUCAAGCUCUUGCUGAUAACUUCGCUACAUUGGUCGUGACGCGAAUCAUUACCGGCUCAUGUUCUGGUGUAUUGGCGAAUAUCACCUCUGGAAUAGUCAGCGACAUCUGGUUGGGCGGAAGGGCCAAAAGCUUCGGGACGAGCUUGUACAUAUGGUGUCUUCUCGCAGGACUCAGCAUGGGUCCCGUAUUUGGCAGUCUUGUUGUCCAAUAUACUACCACAUGGCGAUGGGUUUUCAUCUCCCAGAUUAUCUUUUACGUCGCGCUCAUCCCAAUCCUCCUCCCCUCCCUCCCUGAAGUCCGACCUGACGUAAUCCUCACACGCCGCGCUCGGAAACUACGCAAGCUUCAAGACCCCAACGCACCACGCGUCUAUGCCGAAGCCGAGAAACAGCAUCUUCGCCUCCGAGACAUCCUCCGAGAAACUCUAAUCCGACCAUCACAUAUGCUAUGUACAGAAGGCGUAGUCCUCGCCUUCGGCCUCUGGUCUGCAUUCUGCAUCGGCAUCGCCUUCAUGUUCACCCAAUCCAUUGUGCAAGUCUACUCCGCCCUCUACAGCUGGGACUUCUUCGCCACAGGCCUAGUCCAAGCCGCCAUCGUUAUCGGCGAAGUCAUUGGCCUGGUUGCAUCACUGUGCCAGGACCAUUUGUACUUUGCGUCUGCGAAACGCAACACGGAGAUGCCAGGCCGUCCUAUCCCAGAAGCACGACUCUACCUUAGUAUCCCAGCAUCGUUUAUCGGGCUUGCAGGCGGAUUCUUUUACUUUGCAUGGACGUCGUAUACUGAUAUACCGUGGAUAGUGCCGAGUAUCGCGCUUGCGUUUGUGGGCUUUGGUAUGUUUACUUGCACUGCUGCGGUGACGACGUAUGUGCUCGAUGCGUAUGCAAAGUACGCAGCUAGUGCCAUCGCAGGCAUUGCGUUUCUCGAAAACUUGAUGGCUGCGUUGCUGCCGUUGGCGACGCAGAGUAUGUAUCGGAGUCUUGGGUUUCAGUGGGCGAGUAGUCUUUUGGGAUUUGUCGCGCUGGGGUUGAGUUGCAUUCCAUUGGUUUUGUUGAGGUAUGGGAGGGUGAUUAGGGGGAAGAGUUCGUUUAUGAGGGAGGCGGCGUAUGAGGUUGAGUAG